AUGGAAAAUGCCAACCAGGAGGAUGAAAAAAAGGAUGAAAAGGAACAAGAUGCUAAUAAAAGAGAGCCUUUGGUCCUCCCUUUGGAAGCUGGUGAAUAUCGUGUACCUAGAGGAAAGUUCCAUGUUAGGCAGCCCAUCCUGCAGUAUAUACGGGACAUGACUCAGAGGCUUGGAGAACCACAGGCAAGGAUGAGAGAGGAGAAUAUGGAAAGGAUUGGCGAGGAGGUGAGGGAGCUGAUGGAAAAGCUGAGGGAAAAGCAGUCUGUGGGCAGUUAG